UAUAAAAUGAGGUACAUUUUUAGUAAUCAUUACAUUUACGUAUUGCUAAAGUUUAUCAAUAUGUCGAAUAUACAAAAAUUUUUUCUUUUAUUUGCCAUGAAUAUAUUCAUUGCAAAUGGCAAAUUGAGCCAAGAAAUAAAAGAUAAUAUAAAAUUUGUUUGUGGUGAAGCACUUAUACCAGGGGGUCAAUCCGGACAUCUUGAUGGACCUGGGAACUUCGAGGUUCUUAUAUCUAUGGAAGAUGCAUCAAUCGUUAAAAAUUUCACACUCGAAAAACCCAUAAAAAGACAGGAUAAUUUGACAAUAGAAUAUGGAGUGUUCUGUGGUAGAAUAGAACAUGAAUUUCCUUCCACACCUAAUAUUUGUGAUGUGCUGGAAUCUCAAUCGGAUGAUGAGAAAACAAAUUUAUAUAAAGUUUUUAUCGAUCUUCUGGGAUUCAGUGCGUUAUCCAGUUGUCCAAUACCAGCAGGUACUUACGAACUGAAACAACAAAAUGAUUAUAAUCCGUUGCUCAGUGAUCUUUUUGGAUCAAAAUGCAGUGAGACUGAUAAAUUUUAUGGCGGUUAUGGAGCAUUGAGUGUAAAUAUAAUUGAGGUAGAUUAUCCGAUUAUGAUAGCUGAGUGGCAUCAAAUAAAAGUAAAUAACAUAGACAAUUGUACACUUCUUGGUUCCGUGCUUUCAAGAACAUUGUAUGAUAUACUGAUUUUAGGAUCAGCAAUGUCAUAAUAAAAAUAAAUAAAUUGAUAAAAUAGCACAUCUAAAUUAGAGACAUAAUACGUUAAUCUGU